AAAUCAAUUCUUUAUCGAUAUAGUGUUUGGGAUGUUUGGAGCGAUGGAGUCUAGUUUCACAGGCGUUUUAUUAGAGCACCUUUUAAAUGUUUUUUUUGGGGGGGUUUGAAGUUUCGAUAAAUUAUAUAUACAUGGCAGUUAAUCCAAAGAAUUGCACGUAAGGUAAUCGAGAUUUAUUUUUUUCCCAUACCAACUGAGAGAGAUUGGACACUUAGGAGAAAAGCACUGCGCAUGCGUGUAGGGUGUUGAAAAUAAGGUUGAUCUCAUGCGGAAAUGAAGUCACUUCACCGGUGUAUAAGAACUGGUAAAAGGACAUCAAAGUAUAGUUGGACGAACAGGAAUUGACUUCAUCGUUAGUAAAUUCAGAAAAUGGACUAUUCCGCAAGUCCAAGAAUUUCCAUCUGCCAUCCAUCCAGUAACGAAACUAACACCAAAGACAAGAAGAAAUUUUCGCAUAUCAGCUAUUCUGUCUUUGUUGCUGAGCAUCCUUUUGUUCUUUUCUUCGCGACUCUUCUCGUUMUCUUCAUCUGUUCUUUGUGUGAUUUUGUGCCAUUGUUCGGAGCUCCAGCCUUUCCUGAUUUCUCCACUCCAGUCAUGGGAUUUGAAGCACGUGGUACGCUCAUCAACAAGCGAUGGAGGACACGCCUAUUUCUUAGUCAUGCUGUCCAACGUGACAUGUUCUCUCCAGUCCCUCCCGUCGCGUCUCUCACCAACACCAAAGUCAUGUAUGAUGUAAUGCAAAAUUGUCCAAACUUAAAUUUUACGACAAUUAAGACCAGGAUAAGAAAGAGAGCAGAACCGAAUUGGUCAGGUGAGAAGAAAAACACAAGAAAAACACAAGGAAGUAAUGACUACACGAAGAAUGCCAAGCGUGACGCAAUUAACGCAAGGAUUUCUCGAAUGAAACGUGAUAAACCUUCUGCAUUACGUAUGUGUGACAGUCCUAAUGUGUAUAUGAAGUCACGCAUUAAUUACAAGACCAUCUAUAAAGCAGWAGAUAAUCAGAAUAUGAUGACAACUCAACGAAUAAAAGCGGUUUGUAGGAUGGAAAAUAAGGUGAUGAGAAGCUUGUCUGGAUUUGAAAAGCGUUGUUUUAAGAGAAAUAUUACUAUAUCUAAUGACAUUAAGGAGAUAUGCUGUCCAAGUUGGUCCCUUGGUAACUACAUUGCUGCGCUGAGCUGGAAACCUUCAUGUSAAGAMAUUAACGAUAGAGAUGUGACGAAAAUGACAAAAASACUCCAAAURUGCUCGGGAUUUUUUCACAAUAAAACGUUAAAAGAGAACUGUUGGGAUUAUAACAACGCCGCACCCUUCCCUUAUUGCGCAGGUAUACCUGUGGAGUGCAUUCGCUACAACGCCGUGUUUAAUAUUUUAUAUUAUCUAACGGACAGAAAUUUUUACGGUUCGAAUAACGAUAGCAAGUUAACGUAYUCUCUUGUGCUMACACCAAGAUUGKCAGACAMGACGUACUCUACCAUGAUAUACAACAAGUACAUCAAGAACAAAGUUGUUGUUGACGAUUCUGUCAAACUAGUUGGGUCAGAYUUUUUCUACUUSAAGUUUUUCAUGUUCAACAAGAAUUUGCUUGGGGAUUUAAUCUAUCCGUCCAUUGCUUURAUGGUGAUUUURACAAUAAUGUGGUUCUACACYGAAUCGCUUCUCUUAACCUCUCUUCUAUCCGUCUCUGUGUUAAGUGCGUUAAUUUUGGCCUACUUUGUUUACAUGAUUGUACUUCGACUGGACUUUUUUCCUUUCCUCAAUGUUACAACGCUUAUCUUCUUGGUUGGAAUUGGCGCAGACGACGCCUUCGUUUACACUGAUGUUUGGCGUCAAGCAAAGAGGGAGUGCCCAGGAGGAUCCAUUACUCAAAUCACGUCUUAUACUCUGAAACACGCGUCUCUAUCGAUGUUUGUAACAAGCUUAACGACAUCGGCAGCSUUCAUCGCGAACUUCACGUCAGAAAUCACGACAAUUAAGCUGUUUGGUUUGUACGCAGGYGUAGCAAUACUGGCCAAGUUUUCYCUGAUGGUCACGUGGUUUCCCGCUGUAUGCGUCAUCAAUGAAUUAUACUGCUCAAAGAACGUYUGUAGUUYRACUUCUGGACAGAACUGKCUCACCAAGUGUCGAAYAAGCUACGAGAAAACGUUCACAAGAUUGACGCGUUAUGUUUUUGAUGAUUUUCUUCCUAAGCUUGUGAUACGCUUCAAGUACUUUUGGAUUGUUUUGUUUUCUGUUCUUACUGGAUUUGGUCUCUUUGUUUUGCUCGGUUAUCCUGGUUUCCAGCUUCCCACGUCAUCGGAUUUUCAAGUUUUUACUGCGUCACAUCCGCUUGAGACGUACGACCUCUACUUGAAGGACAACUUCCGGUUUGAAUUGAGUCCGUCCCAGGACAGCGCAACUUUUCCAAUCGAUUUGUUCUGGGGGAUUGAGCCUGAGGAUUAUGGUGAUCAACUAAACCCGUACAGUUAUGGAAAGUUUGGCUGGGAUCCUAAGUUUGACGUCGUUAGCCCAGAAUCACAGAAAUGGCUGCUGGGUUUUUGCAAGAGAAUGAGAAAACAAGACUUUUACGCCGAGAAACUCGGAGCAGAAGAAAAGUGUUUUAUUGAAGUUUACUACAACCAGUCUUGCAACGACGUCCUUGUACCAGAACUGUGCAAUUACCCUUGUUGUAACAACAUGACUUUCCCGUUUUCUAAGAAUGUKUUAAACUAUUGCGCAAUAUCGAGUGCAUACCGAAGUARGACAUURAGAUACAAAGUCAAGCACUCGACUAUCGGGAACUUUAUUUACAAUCCCGCSGGACAGCUUAUUGGAAUUUGGAUCAGAAUACGAAGCAAYGUSAGACUSUCGAGAGCCUACGAGCCUGCGCGCAAGUUUUGGAAUCGCAUUGAAUCAUGGGUUAAGAGUGAAAUGAGCACUGCCCCACCAGGACUGAGAAGGGGAUGGUUUAUAAGUGAUUUAGAGUUCUACAAUCUACAACAAAGCCUCUCUCGUGGAACGUUAUUCUCAUUAAGCGUUUCUAUUGUAACAACUUUUGGGGUSAUGGUGCUGACCACAAGGAACGUGUUUGUCAGUUUUUACGCAAUUCUGACUAUUAUUGGAAUCAUAUCCGUGACAAUCGGCUCUCUGGUUCUUAGUGGGUGGAAGCUGAAUAUAUUAGAGUCYAUWACCAUGUCUGUAGCAGUUGGAGUUUCUAUUGAUUUCUCCAUGCACUUUGGAGUGGCCUACUGCUUGGCACCAGAUAAGCACUGCCGCGAGUCWCGCGUGCGUUACUCRYUGUCACGCAUGGGUUCAGCUAUAUCCAUGGCAGCUGUCACGACAUUCUUAGCAGGGGCGUUCAUGAUGCCAUCRUAUGUCUUGUCYUACAUACAAAUGGGUCAGUUCUUAAUGCUAGUCAUGACUGUCAGCUGGUUCUUCUCUGUGUUCUAUUUYCAGUCCCUAUGCGCCUUUAUCGGGCCGCAGGGCAACAUGGGAUCGCUAGAAUUCAAGCGRMUKUGUUGYAAAAACAAACCAACAAAGAAUGAAGRAUUGCCACAACCCAAACCUUGGGACUUGCAAAGCAUGGAYGAGAAAGAAACAGAGUUUGAUAACAUCGAGGAAAAUGAAACAGAUCGUGUGUAAGAUAGUUUAGUCACAGWCCUCUUGUAAUGGAAAUAUUUUCCAGAAUGUUUCCAGAUAAAGUCCAAGCCACAAGAUUUAACAAAGAUACACCUAUGUUACGUACAUU